UCUGGUCACCUAGUCUUCUCCUGUGGAUCAAAAUUGUUGUUGAUCUUAGCAGCAAGUCAAGAAGACCUGAUUACUAUUUCCGUGCUCGUCCUUACAGAAGUUGAAGAAUGAAACAUGUAAACUGCUGCUGGUUCAGUCUUAUACUGAAACAGCAUCUGCAAUGUUGUGUUGGUUGGUUGGCUAGCUUCUGUGGUCACUGCAUCUCAUUUGGUUAUGGUAUUCAACAGAUGAGGGGUCUUGAAUUGAAGCCUUAUUAAUUCAACGGUGGGUAAGGACUUAAAGUAGCCUUAGAUGUGGUGAAAUGACUGAUGAACAUCUCAAUUCUCAACAUAUAUUUUGGAAUAUAACUCACUUAUUUUCCUAGUGGCAUUGCUUGUGCUGUGUGCAGUGCGGAUCCUCCGACGUUGAAAUGUGGCUAACGAAUCAAAAUACUGAGAUGGUGAAAUGUGGCUAACGAAUCAUCAAAAAAACCGGAUACCAAUGAACUCCUGCAUGUUACCAUCCUCUCUACUUGAUGCCAUGAACCCUUCCUCCACCCUUAGUUGACGAUGACGCUAAAUCUACUCUUUGUAAUGAUAUGAUGUGAGUUUUGAAGUUGGUUUUGUUUCAUAAUAUUAUGUGAUACUUUGAGGUUGUAUAUCUCAUAUCUUGUUACGGAAUUGCAAAUAUUUGUAAUGUUAUAAUUUUCUUAUGCAGUGAUAGAGCUGUUGUCUAAUGAUAUUAUUAACAUUUGUGAUGAAUUUCAUUCGAAAUCACAAUCAGAAUUGUUAUAGUGAAGAUGUUUGAUUUUGAAGCUGAAGAUGAGUGUUUUGUUUUAGAAUUCAUUAUUGUCGAAUUUGUGUUCUUCCAAUAAACUUAGAAUUCAUUAGAAAAGCUGGAACAUUAUUUUGAAUCAUCUUUAUGCUUAACAAUUUUCAAAGAAGUGAUACUGAUACCCAGGGACGGAGGCAUGUACAACCUUGUGUGGGCAUAGGCCUGCACUAAAUUUUAAGAAAUUUUUUUUAUGGUAAUAUGUAUGUAUGUAUGUGUUGAACACUUGACUAGUUAGACUCACAUAAAUUUAUCAUCCAAUAAGAAACUACUAUGAAAACUUAUAUUCCACUCUAACCAACCACUACACUCAAGUUGUACACACGUGACACUCUUUUUAAAUUAAAAAACAAUUAAAAGACUCUUAUUGAUUAAAACAAAAAAACACUUUAACAAACUUGCAAUACAAAACCCACACCACACACGCACAGAGAAAGGAAGGAAGGAAACAUACAAAACCUAGACUCAUUCACUCUUCAAAGCUUGUCUCCCUCCCAUGGCCAUGGAUGAUUCUUGUCUCUAAUCUUCUUCUCCCUUUAUUCUUCUCUCUCUUCAAGUUUUCCUCCAUUGUUGAUGUUUUAAGAGCCAUAAGCAAUGGAAAAAUAUUUCAAAAGAAAGUCAAGUUCAGAGCAAUCAUUAACUCCUAGUCCUCAAGCACGUGAUCCUCAAGCAUCUGAUCCUCAAGCACUUGAUGAUGGACGUAGAAGUAAAAAAUUGUGUCCUAUGAAAAAAAGGUUUUUGGAAUUUGAUUUGGAAAUGCUUCCUAGUGAUCCUGGCUUGAGACCUAGAAUUUCCGAUUACCAUCCAAGUGAUAGAGACGAGAUUAGAAGAUAUUAUUUCCUAAAGGGCCCUUGUCAACCAAAAGAGAUUAAUUUUCCACCAAGAAAAUUUGGAGAUGCCUCUCGCAAGUUUAUUCCGGAUUGGUAUACAAAAUUUGGCGGUUGGUUGGAAUAUAGUCAAAAGGAGGAUGCGGCAUAUUGCUUAUGUUGUUAUCUCAUGAGAUCACAUGUUGGAGAACAUAGAGGUAGUGGUGAGGCCUUUAUAACAGAAGGUUUUACAAAUUGGAAAAAAAGUGAUAGGUUCCAAGUUCAUGUCGGGGGUUUAAAUAACGCUCAUAAUCAAGCAUGGAGAAAUUGUCAAGCUCUAAUGAAACAAAAGCAACAUAUUGAAGGAGCUAUGUGUAAACAAUCCCGUCAAGUUAAAGUGGAAUAUCGAAUUCGCCUAACUGCCAUACUUGAUUGCAUUCGCUUUUUACUUAGCCAAGGUUUAGCUUUUCGUGGUAAUAAGGAGUCACCAUCAUCAACAAAUAAGGGGAAUUUUCUUCAACUUGUGGAUUUUCUUGUUAACCACAACGAAACUAUUCGUGAAGUUUGGAAGAAUACUCGUGGAAAUCUUAAGCUAACAUCUCCUCCAAUUCAAAAGGAUUUUGUUAGAGUUGCUGCUAGUGAAACCACUAAAGCAAUACUUGAUGAUCAAGGAGAUUCUUUAUUUGCUAUUAUGAUUGAUGAAUCUCGGGAUAUCUCAGUUAAGGAGCAAAUGGUUGUAGUUUUGCGUUAUGUUAAUAAAAAAGGGCAAGUUAUUGAGAGGUUUCUUGGUAUGGUUCAUGUUUCUGAUACUAGUGCUUCAUCAUUGAAAUUAGCUUUGGAGUCAUUAUUGGCAAAGCAUAAGUUGAGUUUGUCAAGGAUACGUGGACAAGGGUAUGAUGGAGAAAGCAACAUGCGAGGUGAAUAUAAUGGUCUCAAAAGCUUGAUAUUGAAAGAGAAUUGUUCUGCAUUCUAUAUUCAUUAUUUUGCUCAUCAACUCCAAUUUGCUCUUGUUGCAUUAGCAAAAAAGCAUUCUGAAAUUGCAUCAUUUUUUAAUCAAGUAGCUACUCUGUCUAAUGUUGUUGGAGCAUCAGCUAAGCAUCGAGAUAUUCUUCGUGAAAGUCAAAUUGAAAAGGUGGAUGAAGCAUUGAAAGAAGGCGAAAUAUCUAGUGGACGUGGCUUGAAUCAAGAAGCUACAAUUAAGAGGGCGGGGCAUACUCGAUGGAGCUCACAUUUGGUACGUUACUUAUCAUAGUUUCUUUAUUCUCUUCUAUGAUUGACGUGCUUGAUGUGAUUGAGGAAGAUGGAACAAGCUUAACGAUAAAAGGAGAUGCAAUGCUUUUGUUGAAAUAUAUGCAAUCUUUUGAAUUUGUUUUUAUCUUGCACUUGAUGAAAAAAGUCUUGUCAAUUACUCAUGAGUUAUCUCAAGCAU